GAAAGCAGCAUUAGGUCUGAUUGGCGUGUGUCCUGGGACAAACGUCACGAGCUCGAAAUCUUCCAUUGAGUAGCUAGCUAGUUAGUUGGUCCGGACAAAAGGAGUGGAAGUGACUUGUAUUUGGAUUACAUUCGUGUGACUGUUGUUAUUAUAGCCUGGUUAGUUAUCGUUAACACUCCAAGGAGGAGCGAGAAACAAGCAGCAGGUGCAUGUGGAUGGCGAUAAAACUCAAUGCAAAGUCCGCUCUCCCCACACGGCGUAGCAAUACAAUAUUUAAAGAAUCGAACUAAAGCAAGUACUUGGUUUCGGGAAAAGCGUAAGAAUGCGUUUUCGCGACUUUUCCCUUUCGAGAAUAGCAUGUUAAGCCCAGGAAAAAGCAGCGUCUCUCCGUCCCGUCUCUGCUCACGCAAACAUGGAGAAAAGUUAAAAGUGAGCGUUAACGUUAACGGUAAUUUACCUCAACUGUGACGUCGCCAUUCAUGUUAGUUGUAAACUUGUUUUGGCCUUUUUUUUGGAGAAAAACAACCGGGCGGAUACAUGGUGAGACUCUAGCACACAUAUUCUCAGGAUAUUACUGGAACAGAAAAGGCAAUGGAGAAGAAGAACAAGGCGACCGAUCGGACCCGCUCCCCGGGUGACGGUAGCGCCAAAGACCGAGUGGGCAGUGUGGAUCCGUAUGGCUUUGAGCGCUCAAAGGAUUUUGAUUACGAGUCAUACGAGGAGCUCACGUCUGACUAUCUAGUUGUGCUCACCCGACGAUCCAUCAAGUGGUCCAAACUGUUGAAGGGCAAAAGCAAGGUGCAGAAGAACGUAAAACUAAAGCGUUAUGUACGUAAGGGGAUUCCCAAUGAGCACCGGGCUCUGAUCUGGAUGGCAGCUAGUGGGGCCCAAGACCAGCUCGAGAGGAACCCAGGAUACUACCAGUCCCUGCUCCGAGCCGAGCACGACCCCAAACUGGUGGAGACCAUCUGCACAGACUUGAACAGAACAUUUCCAGACAACAUCCAGUUCCGCAAGACAUCCAACCCAUGUCUGCAGAAAGCUCUGUACAACGUGCUACUGGCUAUUGGCUACCACAACCCAGUUGUGGGCUACUGUCAGGGGAUGAACUUCAUAGCUGGGUACCUUCUUAUCAUCACAAAAGAUGAAGAGAAGUCCUUCUGGCUGAUGGAAGCCCUACUCGGUAGAAUUUUACCAGACUACUACAGUCCAGCCAUGCUGGGGCUCAAGACGGACCAAGAGGUGUUAGGGGAACUAGUGAAAGUUAAAAUCCCCGGAGUGUGGCAGACCAUGAUGGAUCAUAAUGUCAUGUGGACCCUGGUGGUCUCCCGAUGGUUCAUCUGUCUGUACAUAGAUGUCUUGCCAGUAGAGACAGUUUUGCGGAUUUGGGAUUGCCUGUUUUAUGAGGGCUCUAAAAUCCUGUUCCGUGUCGCUCUCACACUGAUCCACCACAACCAGGCUCUGAUUCAAAAGGCCCAGUCACUGCCGGAUGUCUGCCAAAACUUCAAGCAGAUCACCCAUGGACCAUUGGUUGAUGAAUGCCACACGUUCAUGCAGAAAAUCUUCACUGAACCAGGAAGUCUCUCCAUGGCAACCUUGACUAAGCUGCGGGCGACAUUACGAUCUCGCAUUAUUACAGAAGAAAGUUAAUACACAUUCCACAAAGGAUGAGCACCUUUUUUACUGAACUAAUGUCCCAGUGACUUUUACAUACUGUUGAGUUUUUGUCUUAAAGCUUUUCCUUCAGGCUAUCAUACUGCCCGAGGACGGUGAAAGGAGAAUAUUCUUCGCAAUGUGCUGUAUGAGCUGACGAUUCCAUUUCAAAUGUAGUUUCUUCUUCUUUUGUUAAAUAAUGCACUUUACUCCUGAAAGUCAGCGACACUGUAGAAAGAAAGCUUGGCAGAGGCCAGAUCAGAUAAAUAAUGUGUUGCACGCUGUGAGUACAGCCGGGAGGCCUACUGCAUUUCACGUUGAAUGCUUGAUUGACAAAACUCCAUGCUGGCACUACCUUCUGUGAACUUGAAUGUGAAUUAUACUACAUGACAGAGACAUAUUUUGUUAAACAAUUUAAAAUCUGAUUCUUGUACUUACUGGUUGUGUUCAGGUUUUGAGCAAAUGUAGUAGUUCCUGACCUCAGCCGUUAAUUUAGGCGCACUAUGAUGAAAUAAUCAAGUAUGAUUUGAAAGGUCUGCUCUGUAUAAAAAUAAAAGAUCAAAUCACUGUAAUUUAUAUUAACAUUUAUUUAAGGAAAGAGUCGGGAAGAGAGACUGGAAAACAAUUCCAUGCACCUGUUCACUUGUAAUGUUGAAUACAUUUAAGCAAUGAAGAGUUCUACUCUGUGUAUGGCUGGACCACUACACACUGAUUAAUCAGUGCACUAAUGGGACAGAAGAAGCUUUCCCUUUUUAUAUCAAUGGGAUUAUUUUAUGCUCAUGGUGAGCAUAUGCAGAAAUAAAACUCCACCUAACUUCAAAUGUUUUUAUUUUCACACACAAGCUUUUGGAACUU